UGGCAACCAUGUCAGCAGAGUAUUACUGGUAUCAGAUUCAGUAAAGGCAAGCCUCUUAUAGUGUUAUGUCAGUUGAAUAAAGCCACUAGAAUGGCUCUUGCCCAAACUUUGCCACACAUGGCCAGUACCUGCAAUGUGAGCAACACUCACCAUUAUUGUAAAGAUUUAGGACUGUCUUAUGCACAAUAAAGGGAAGUCAGAUUUUUUUACUAUAUUGCUUGUGUGCCACUCCAGAUGACUAAACUGGAUGCGCAGAACUUUAAUGCACAUGCACAGCCUCGUGUAACUCAUUGAAGACUAAAUAUUAAUGGUUUAACAUGUUGGUAAAUAUCCUUGGAAAAUAUUGUAUUUAAAUGAACGAAACCAUUAGGUGAUAAGUGUUUUGUGCUUUGCUUAAUAAUUUAAUCUGGGGUAAUUGUUUGGAUUAUGAUUACAUAAUCUGAUUGCAACACUCUCUUUUUCUCUGUGAGAAGCUGAGGUGGGGUUGCCAAGUUAGUCACGUGAGUGAAUGGCACUUACAUGGCGCUCUUAAUGUACUCCCCCUUGGGGUUAAACACACUGAGAAAUUCCACCUGGUCCUAGUCUUAGUCCCGUGGCACGCUGAGCAUUUCUUUGCCAGCUUUUUUCGCCCACAGAAGAAAUGCAAUGACGAGGUUUCCAAUCAUCAGAAUGCAGCACAGUGGUAUGGAGUGUUCUGUGCCAGCUGUAGUGUUCCAGCACAGAAAGAAUGCACGUACAGCUCUGUACUUUUUGUGUUUCCACUGUUAAAGAAAAUGAAUAUGUCCUAUAAAUGCCUAUAAUUUAAGCUUUGGGAUGCAGGAUUGUUAUUUAAACUUCAGAAACAGCAUACCUUUUUUUUUUUUUUGCUUUUUCUGUACAAUGUCUUUACUUUGGGUUUGAAAUUGGCAUAGCACUUGCUUUCUGUAGUAAAUGUGGACAGUUGGGAUUUGUUGAAUGGAAAAGUUCUGUUGAUUUUGCUCGCUGCAUGAAAAAACAUAACUUUUUUUUUUUUUUAUCCUAAAGGACAAAUGAUUUAUUGGGUCGUGUGAAUUUUAACCACACCUAAAAUCUUUUACAGACUCUACAUUCAUCUCAUUCCUUCACACUCCUACAGCCUUAUAGAAAGAUGCAUACCACACCCUACUGUGCUAUUGUGAGCUCUCCAUUCCCAUUACUUCUUUACUUUCUCCCUUUUUUAUACUGAAAUCUCACCAUUAUUUAUAAAUAUAGAACUGAUGUUGUGAGCAAGCAUAUCAUGCAGUUUAUUUUUGUGCUUACAUAUUUUGUCCCUUUAUUAUUUUAAGAAAGUUCAUUUUACCAAAGAAGGCUUAUCUUGUUCUGAAAGCUUGCAAUUUAUUAGCUAGGAAAGGCAUUCAUUUUUUUUCUACUUUUGAUGAUUUAGCAAAAAUAUUUGCUUAAACCGACCUCCUUUGUUUAACACCAUUGUAUUUUUUUAUUUUUUUUUUGCAUAUAUUCACUUGUAGCUUUAAAGUAAGUAAGUAACCCUAAAAGCAUUUACGCAUAUUGUUCGCUUAUUAGUUAAGCUGCAUUUUAAAAAAAAUAUUUCUAAAAUCGUAAUACUGUACUUGACAAUACCUUUAGUUUUUUUUUUUGUAAAGGCUUUUGGUACAUAAAUAUUUGAGACAUAUUUGGUCACAGUAGUUCAAAUGGGGCUUUGUUAAAGGAAAACUGUCCCCCCAGAAAUGAAUACUUAACCAACAGAUUAACUAACCAGAUCAACCAACAGUUUAUAUCAUAUUAAAUGGCAUAUUAAAGAAUCUUGCCAAUAUAGAAUAUCGGUAAAUAUUGCCCUUUUGUAUCUUCUCCCUUGAGCCACCAUUUUGUGAUGAUCUGUGUGCUUCCUCAGAGAUCAGCUGACCGGAAAUCAGGUAAAACACAGAACCCAGUCCAUUAAUUGACUGAUGUGACAUAACGUGUAUGUGUGCCCUUGGUUUGUUAGUGAAUUGUAUGAUCCCAGGGGCAGCCCAUAGUACUAAUAAUGUCAAUUAAGUCAAGUACCAUUUAGGGUAACUCAAUGGCACAUACUACUUAAAAAGUAUAUUUACAGGAAAAUGGCAUAUUUAGAUGAAGCACGGUUUUACAUAUGAACUUUUUUAUUUGAUAUAUUUUUAUAGAGACCUGUAUGUUGAGGGGGGGGGUAUACUUUUCCUUUAAAACAUUAGCAAAGAUUCAAGGCUUCUGCUUAAAAAUGAAUCUCCACAAGCCAGUCAAUUCUGGGAUGCAGCAAAAGCUAGUGAACCCAUAAAUUAGGAAAGGGUGGCUUUAAAGGAAAGGCCUCUGCUUUUUAAAAAAAAAAAAAAAAAAAAAUGCACGCCACACCUGCAAUUUGUGUCACAAAGAGAUCCCUAAAAUUAUAUGAACUCUCUGUUCUUUGCACAUAGACUUUAGAGUGUCAGCUGUAACUGACAGCACUGCAUUAAUCUGAACUGGUGUUAAGAACAACGUAUUCGCUCAGUUGCCUUGCUGGUGUAACCCAGUAUAGACUUUAGGUUAGGACUGAGUGCUGCCUGUCCGCUCACAGGAAGUACAGCUGCAGGGGUCAUUUACAGCAGUGUGCUGGUUUCAUAACAGGAUAAAAGAGGGUAAGUAAUAAGUUACACACUAGUAAUAGAAAGUGGCCAAUCAAGUGAUUCCUUUGGACCAGUACACACUGAUUGGUUGCUGUGUAUUACUAAACCUAGUGCAAAUGAUGACUUGUUACAUAAUCACGUUUGAUUUCUGUUUGCAAGUGAUACUUUUAGAGAAGUAAGAAGUGACCACACAUGUGGAUAGCUGAAUUGCUUUGUAUCUACCAAUAAACAUACUACAGGCAUGGGACCUGUUAUCCAGAACACUUGGGACCUAGGGUUCUGGAUAAGGGGCCUUUCCGUAAUUUGGGCCUUUCUGCUCUGUCUGCUAAACAAAAUAUAAACGUUAAAUAAACCUAAGAGGAUUGUUUUGAAACCAGUAUGGAUUCAUGCAGCUUAGUUACCAUCAAGUACAAGGUACUGUAUUAUUGUUACAGAGAAAAGGGAAAUCAUUUUUUAAGAUUUGAUUAAAAAGAAGUCUGUGGAAGAUAGCCUUCCCAUAAUUCAGAGCUUCUGGAUAACGAGUUUCCAGUUUAUGGACCCCAUACCUGUAUCUAACACAUAGGGACUCUCGGUGACCUUACAUUGUACUCUGUAUUUAAAAAAGAAAAAACAAAAAAGCCUGUGUGCAUAACUACUUUUUACUCCAUGCUAUUUGCAGAUUCCAAGAUUUUCAUGUGUUAUCCACCCAUUUUAUUUGGCUGAAAACUCAGUGGCCAUGAAAAUACAGAUUAUUAUUCUGAGAUACAGUAUGUAUGUUUUUUGGCAGUGUCUGUAAGUACCAGUAAUUGCACAAACAUUAUCUCUAGCUGCCUUAUAGUUCAUUUUGCCUAGCAACAUGGUUUAUUCCUGGUAAUCCCAUCGCUACAGAGUAAUAAAAAAAAAAAAGGAAGGAAUUAAUUUCACUAGAAAAUAAGCUCAAUCAGAAAUUCAGAAAUAUUAGUAACAAAGGUUACAGGUUAACACAUUUACGGUAAACUAAAGAUUGAGACCUUAAAGGAGACAUAUAGAAUAAACAAAAAAAUCCAUGAAUCUUGUAGGCAAUUAUGAAUAAUGUAUGGUGCUGGUUUCACUUUGGGCUAAAAAUGGCCCCUUCAUUGGGUGUAGAUAGAAAAUUCUAAAAUCUUUUGCAGUUAGUCUUCGGUUUUUUUUUUUUUAGUUUUUUUUCCUUUUUUUGUUGUACUUAUGUCGCACUCGGCCUGGGAAUUGAAACCUCACAGUCAAAUCCUUAUAGUAUAGUAUACUAAACGUUUAUGUGAAGGCGAGCUUCCCCUUUAACAAGCUUUCUACAUUUUCCAUUCCUUUCAUCAAAAGUCCCAUUGUCUGAGGUGGCAAAUUGGUGGGUAAAUAUGUAGGUUUGUUGAGCAAAGUGUGCAUGUGAACAUUUGGUGGUGUAAGUGAAUAUUUGUGUGUGUUUGCUUACAGGUGACAGAAGGAGUACGAAUGGGAAAUUGCCUGUAACAGUAUGGGGUAAAUGGUGUCCCUGCAAACAAUCUAGGAAAUGCAACAAUAUUGGUGCACAGUGCCCAGAACUUGAAGGAAAAUGGACUGGAUCUGACAAUUAGCCCUGUAUGCAAGGAGUUAGGAUGAAUUCCUGCAGGGCAGGGCUCCACAGGGAACCACUGAAAUCCACCCCGUUUGCAUACCAACAUGUCAAGAGGGCUUCUGGAAUGCAUUUAAAGCCAUAUCAUAAGUUGCAGAAAAAAGAAUUGUUCUUUGAAAUUCGAUCAAAUCGAGGCAUGCAUCCCAACAACCAGGGUUCUGCCAAGGAAGAGAAAUAUAAUGGCGCCACCAAGAAUUGUUUACCCUCAGCUGAAAACCAAGCUCGAAGGCCACUUGGAGCAAUUUCGCAGAAUACUAUGUGCAAUACUGUAGUCAACUGCCCAGCUGCCAGUUUUGAGAGUAGGGCUAAAAAUGUCCCAGCAGCCACAAUUCACCAGGGCGAAGAAGGUGAGGGUUCAUUGGAUAUAUGUGCAAUUAUUAAGCCUGGAAAUACAAAGGAAAAGAUUGCCUUCUUUGCAGCCCAUCACUGCAGUAACAAUAAGAACAGCUCCAUGAAAAUCAAAAGUAGUGGGGAUAUGAGUGGGAGAGCUGCUAAAAGGAGAAAAAAGUCUGUGGAUCUGAAGCGUGUAAAGAGUCAACUGGAAAAGAUGCAAGAAGCACAUAAGAAAUGCUUCUUGCCUGAACCCCUUUAUAAUGGAGUUGAAAACUGCUCUGUUAAUUUUGUUACAGACAGCGAGGGAAUUCUUCCAGGCAGACCACUUUCUGUCAUAGAGAUGGUAGCCUUUUUGGAGCAAAGAGCAAAUACGUUACUUUCUUCUAAACCUUUCACUAAUUGCAGUCCUUCAAGAUUUACCAGCACCUCUAAGUGUGCUCUUCCUGCCUCUGUGUCUUUAUUGGCACUCGGAACCUGUGAACGACAAACGGACAAAGACUCUUCUGAGAAGACCGAACAACUGGAAUCUGUGUGUGUGCUGGAGAUGGUUGCUAAACUAGAGUCUGAAUGCUUAAGGCACCAGAGUGAGCGUGAUGCUGGUGGGCUGUCAAGGAGCAAUAGCUUCAGAAGGAACGUCGGGCGCAUGCUGCUAGCAAGUGGUUCUCAACAGGACAGCAGCAACUCUCUAAAUGUCCCUUCUGCGGCCAGCGAAACAGAUGAAGACUUAUCGGCUUCUUCCAUGGAAGAAAAAAUCCCUUCUAACAAGGAAGAUCAUUUAGUUGUAAAAUCUUGGGAAAAUUGUCUUCAGAUUAAGCCUCAUGAAGCUGAGUCCUUGCUGCCUGCGGGAGAUAACUGUGUAGGAAAUGUAGACUUGGAGCUUGUAAGGGAAACCUAUAUGAAAAUUAGAAAUAGAUGUGAUAUUGCCGUGUCCGUGGAUCCUUGUACAUUUUCCUUCUCUCUUUGCGUAAAUGCAGUGGAAUGUGCCCCAGAUUCGCCCGAGACUUCAAGCGGGAUUGUUUGUGCAGUGGAAGAAAGUGUGGGAAGCUUUGAUAGGCUUUCUGACUCCUGCGCCGAAGCUGCUGAUGUAUUGAUGCAUACGUUCUCCGAUCAGGAAGCAAAGUGCACGCAAGAUAAAGCUUUAAUUUUAGCAGGGGAUCCAUGCCCUGGAACAUUGUUCUUUCAGUGUGAGCAAAGUGGGCAGAAUCAUGCACAUGUUCAAAUUGUUUCUGAAGUAAUGUCCCAGGCAGAGAUCCUGAAAGCAAAUGCAUUUGACAAUGCCCUGUGCAUACAGAAUAGCUCAUUCACUGCACAAUAUGCUGUUUCUGUAUCUCCAGUCGAAAGCGAAUCUCAGGUACUUGACACCUUGGUAAAGAGGCCGGUGUCUCACGAUUUUUUAGAGACCCGAUUUAAAAUCCAGCAGCUGCUGGAGCCACAGCAGUACAUGGCUUUCUUGCCCCACCAUAUUUUAGUUAAGAUUUUUCGAUUUCUUCCAACAAGGACCCUGGCAGCUUUAAAAUGCACUUCGUGUUACUUCAAAUUUAUCAUUGAACAUUAUGACAUUCGGCCUUGCGAUUCUCUCUGGGUUCAGGAUCCGCGUUACAAGGACGAUCCUUGCAAACAGUGCAAGAAAAAGUAUGCAAAGGGGGAUGUCUCGUUGUGCUGGUGGCAUCCGAAACCUUACUGCCAAGCAUUACCUUACGGGCCUGGUUAUUGGAUGUGCUGCCACAUGUCUUAUAAAGAAAGCCGUGGCUGUAAGGUUGGGCUUCAUGACAAUCGCUGGGUGCCUGCUUGCCACAGCUUUAAUAGAACCAUUUGCAAAAAAUCUAAAGAAUCUGAAUCUGAGGAAGAUUAGUGUGUGUUUUUUUUUUGUGUUUGUUUGUAAUUUAUGUCUUGCCCUGUGCUGUUUACAUUGUACAUAAUCAUGUGUUUUUCACGGGGCUACUAAACUGCACAUUGUCUAACACAAGAGCCUUUACCUUUCACUUCAACUGGAUAUUUAGCCCUUUCAUGUAAAUAACGUAAGAGAUGUACAUAUCAGAUCUGCUGUUAGCUGACCACAGUGUAACCUUUACAACGGAGCUCCGGUAGUUUUGUGGCUACAAGUAUGCGUGGUGUGUGUGUCAUUUUUUUUAAGUGUCUUGUUAAAUCUGUAUAUCCUGUAUAAUAAUGUUUCUUAAAAGAAACUCUAAAUAUAUAGGGCUUUGAGCAUUUAAAGGUUUAUUAUUGGUUUAACUGGACAAAAUUCUAAUCAGACUAGCACAGGUGUCUGAAAUACUGUGACAAGUGAAUAAAAAUGUUGAUUUAUCGUAUAUAGUGACAGAGUGUAAGGAGGAAAUUGUCUGGCUUUACUUCAAUAAAUUGUGCAUCUGAAAUCUGUCUCCUUUGGUUCUCUAGGUGAAAUUGUGUUUGUUUGCAUUGAAUCUUCACUUUUUAUUGUGCUAUUUAUAAUAUGCAGUCAUAUAUGUAUUUGUCUUUUUUAAGCAGCCUGCUCUAUUGUUAGUGCCAGUCUAAAUUGUAUUGGGAAUUUAGGACACUUUUAAAUCUGUGCUUGCACCUUUUUUUUUUUUUUUUUCCUCUUGACCUUAAUUCUUUUCAUUUCGCUAGGGACAGAUUUUUGGCAAGCUGAAAUAUCCCUACCUGAUCAGAAACGGCAGUAUGUGGAUUUGCCUGUGUUUAUAAAAGUGCUCACACAAACCUACAGCUAAACCCUUGGACUUUUGCCUUAUUUAUUCUUUAUGCACUAGAAUGCAUUGUAUUGCAAG